CAGAAAAUAAAUCACUUCAUUACAACACACAAAACAGUAUAAGGAUGCAUGUUGAUCAACUGUGUAAAGCUCUUGAUGCAACAAAUCUCGACGAUGAAGUGAAGCCACGAUUGAGUGCAUCGGACGAGUUCCGUUCGGUAUCACUAUCAGCUCUGCAACGCAUUUCCACAAUAGGCGUUGGUGGUUUCGGCAGAGUUGAACUAGUGAAAGCAAAUGGAAAAGUAUUUGCAUUGAAGGUAAUGAACAAGAAGCAUGUGGUAGAGAUGAAGCAGGAACAACAUGUCAUGUCUGAAAGACGAAUCCUGCUCUCCGCAGAUUGCCCCUUCAUUGUAAAGUUAUAUAAGACUUUCCAAGAUUCCGAUAAACUCUACAUGCUUAUGGAAUCAUGUCUCGGUGGUGAGGUUUGGACACUGCUCAAAAGAAGUGGCCGCUGCGAAAACGAUGCCGCGAGAUUCUACUGUGCGGCAGCAAUCGAAGCACUUCAGUAUCUACAUGACAAACAAAUUGUUUACCGAGAUUUGAAACCAGAAAACAUGCUGCUGGACCGAACAGGAUAUCCGAAACUUGUUGACUUCGGUUUUGCAAAGAAAAUAGGUGCUGAGGGAAAAACUCACACAUUCUGUGGUACAGCAGAGUAUGUGCCACCAGAAAUUGUCCUGAACAGAGGACAUGAUACCUCACUGGAUCUCUGGGGUCUUGGAAUUUUCAUGUACGAACUGUUAUCGGGAAGCCCUCCAUUCUCUAAUUCCGACCCAAUGAUUGUUUACAACGCGAUACUCAGAGGUUUUGAUAAGUGGGCAUGGCCCAGAUGUUUCGACAAGAAUGCUAUCGAUUUGAUAAAAUCCCUUUGUAAAGAAGACCCGGGCUUACGUUUGGGUUAUGGCCAUCUCGACGACGUUCGCUCCCAUCCUUGGUUUGACGGCUUUGAUUGGGCCGAGUUUCGUGCCCGAAAAAUGAAGCCGCCAAUUGUGCCUGUGGUCAGAUCUGACGUCGAUACGAGUAAUUUUCUCACUUUUCCUGCCAUUGACUCAUUUGCAACGGGUAAUGACGAUUCUGGAUGGCAUUUUGAGUUCUAAACUGACCCCAUCCCAGUCGUCAUCUACAUUUGUCGAUUGUACAUAUCUGUAUAUGCACUCUCAAAUUAUGUGCCAUAUAUGCCUAAUCUCCUGUACAUAAAGUUUGUUGUGAUGUAAAUGCACUAAAGUAGUUUGUAAAAAACUAUUUGUACACUGAUUGACAGGGUAUUAUGCUUUCUGCUCAUAGCUUUAAUUUCUUUCAGUGUUUACUCUCAGAAGGAAAAUAAAGGAA